GAUCAGAUUUUCUACAUACCUGAAAGGGGACGGUUGAAUAGUAGAGUUGUUGAUGGUAUAUGGUAGACCUGCCAUUAUUGAAACUUUCCUCUUUCUGUUCAUUAUUUGACUUCAAGUUAGUUAUUCUUAACAAACUCUACCGCAAAACAAUCCUACAGAUAAAUUAUACCUACAACUUCUCUUUCUCUCUCUCUCAAUUUCAUUUUUGAACUUGAACUCAACUCAAAGCAAGAAAAUGGAUGCUAUCAAUCAGUUGCAGACAUUCAUCCAAAAAGUUGACGAUCCAUCGUUGCAAACAACGUUUCAGAAUCUUCAUCAAGGUUAUGUUACUGAAACAUUGACUCGCUUUCUAAAAGCAAGGGAUUGGGAUCCUUCUAAGGCUUAUCAAAUGUUGAUUGAUUCUUUAAAUUGGAGACUACAAAAUGAGAUUGACAAUAUAUUAUCAAAACCAAUUAUUCCUGCCGAAUUAUAUAGAGAAAUACGUGAUUCACAACUCAUUGGAGUGUCCGGGUACACAAGAGAGGGUCUUCCUGUCUUUGCAAUUGGUGUUGGGCUUAGCACAUUCGACAAAGCAUCUGUACAUUAUUAUGUACAGUCUCACAUUCAAAUGAAUGAAUAUCGCGACCGUGUAAUCUUGCCUUCUGCAUCGAAGAAGCAUGGACGGCCUAUUACCACUUGUGUAAAGGUUUUAGACAUGACUGGUCUGAAGCUGUCGGCCCUGAAUCAGAUUAAGUUGUUAACGAUUGUAUCAUCCAUUGAUGAUCAGAACUACCCUGAGAAGACGCAUACUUAUUUCAUUGUAAAUGCACCAUACAUAUUUUCAGCUUGUUGGAAGGUUGUGAAGCCACUUUUGCAAGAGAGGACAAGAAGAAAAGUGCAGGUCUUACCAGGAUGUGGACGAGACGAGUUGUUAAAUAUCAUGGAUUACGCAUCUCUGCCACAUUUCUGUAGAAAAGAAGGCUCUGGAUCAUCCAGACAUUUAGAAGGUGGAAGCGAAAAUGUCUAUUCUCUGGAUCAUCCCUUCCAUCAACAGCUCUACGACUACGUCAAGCAGCAAGCCAGACUCCGUGAAGCCGUCGCACCCAUCAAACAGGGAUCCUUUCAUGUGGUAUUUCCCGAACCUCAGGAUGUGGAUACACGGAUUGCCAAGAAAAUAGAGUCGGAGUUUGAUAACUUAACCUUGAAUGGUGAUAAGGAGCGAUUGAACAAUUUGACUGAGACACAGAUCUAAUCCAAGACAGCUCAAGCCCAGGAACAAGCAGGAAACGCACCAGAUGAAGACUAGCAUAACAGCUAAAAAAAACAGGAAAUGAGAAGCUGCUGAAAGAAGGAAGAAACAAAAGGAAAGGAAACAUUAAGAGAUUCUCAGAGCUUUGAGGCUGUUAUUCUAUUAAAUUUCCAUUUUUUAUUUUUCAAUUUGUUACUUGUAUAGUGAGGUCUCAAGUAGUAUGGAGAGGGAAUAAAAAGAAAAUCCCUUCUUGGGAAAGGCGUGCUAGAGAAAGAACCACAAUUUGUAACGAGUGCACCAUUACAAUUACUAUCACUUAAGUUAAACAAAUUUGAGAACAACAAUGCAACUAAAACUUUUUUUA